AAAACAGAUCUCCGACCUUCAGCUCUUUAAAUUCUACAAUUUCGAAGCAAAAAUACAAGUAAAACCAGAAAUGGUGACGAUAUUAGUAGCGACAACCAGCGAUCCGGCCUCAAUCAACCCUGCCAACGCCCUCUUGGCCAACCCCGGUUGGCUUCCCGUCCCCGUCCCCUCUUUACAGCAGCAGGGAAUAAAAAGUUUUUCUAAUCAAAAUAUUCGGCUACUUCAACACGACAAAAGCAUCGUCGAGGAGGACGAUUUGGAUCACCGUUGGAAAGAAGCCACUGGAGAGGCUGUCGAUGAGGUUAUUUUCUUCAGCAAACAUACGGCUGUUUCCAAUCGCCCGGCUCUCACUGUUCAUCCAAUCGGGAUACCUCAUUUGCGCGAAGGAGAUGUUCCGCCACAGGGUGGGAGGCCAGGUUGGGCAGCGCCGCCUGACCCUAGGAUGGGGCCCUGGCUUAGGCAUUUGAAGAAACUUGCCCAAUCUCAUAAUUUGGUUCCUGAAUUUGAGAUAACUUUGGAGGGUACGCAUCAUGGACCUAUAACAACAAAACCAACAAUGUUCCUUGAGAUUGGCAGUACGGACGAGCAUUGGACGAGGCUAGAUGCUGCUCAAGUCAUGGCUCUAUUGGUUUGGGAAGGACUUGGGCUUGGAGGUGGUGAUGCAGUCGGAAACUGGGGCAGGGAGAAUGACAAAAGGAAAGUGCUUCUCGGAAUUGGUGGUGGACAUUAUGCUCCUCGACACAUGGAUAUAGUCUUAAAAGAAGGUGUUUGGGUGGGUCACUUGCUUUCUGGAUAUUGUAUACCAAUGGAAGAUCCAAGUCAGUCAAAAGUAAAUGGAAAUACAGAUGGUAAUGGUGGAACAUGGAAGCAAUCGAUUAAAGUUGCAUAUGAAGCUACAAAAUCAGCUUUCCCUGACGGGGAAGUUUUGGCACAUCUUGAUCACAAGAGUUUCAAGGGCUGGCAGAAAAAUGCAAUUACUGCAUAUUUAAGUGAGCUGAACAUCAAAAUCGGAAAACCAAACGAUUUCAUUUGAUUGAUGUCGGUUUAUGGAUGAACCACUUUUCCCUAGCAAUAGCUGUGCAAGGGGUUUUUGUGGAUGCAGAAGAUGGAUAGAUACUAUAGUUGUGAAGGAAGUUAAAUGACAGUGAAGAGCAGUGUAGGUGAGGAUGAUUGGAAAAGGCGCUGUUGGUUCAUUAUUGCUUCAUGCUUUGUAUUUUUAUAUGAUCCAUUAGUAGUCACAAGCCAGUUGAAUGAAAUUAUACGAGUAAUUAAGUAUAACAUUUUUAUGUUUA